CUAUCAGAUAGUACACGAUAAAUUUGUCUCUUUUGAGUCGUCAUAGUAGUAUAACCGAAGAUACAUAGGAUAUAGAAUAUCAGAACCUGUCCAAAUUUAAAGUGUAAAGUUGUAUUAUGGCAGAUGAUUCCAAAGAAAACGAUCAGCAGAAGAUCGAUAGCGCUAUAAAUGAGCUCGCCGAGCGAAAAAAUGAUGUUGGUAGCGAAAAACCUUCGACAUCCAUUCCACAAAAAAGACCAUCUCCAAAUUCAAAUGUUCAUCAGUUAUCGCCCAAACGCAUGAAUGUUUCGUCACAGCACAAAUCAUUUGGCUUAAGAAAUGAAUCGAUGUUCGAGCCAAUGAUUGAAAGUUCAAGUGAUAGAGAAAAUGAUGAUGCGCUACUAAAAACAUUGCCGAAAGAUGAAAAAACAAAAAAGGACAGUGCAGCCAGUUGCAGUCAAAAUAAAGAAAAUGAUAUUAAUCAACACGCAUCCAAAACGUUAGUUUCAAGUAAUACAAAGUCCACUAACAAAACUACAGUGAAUUUCAAAUUAAUGUCCGUGAAUUCGUGCCUUACCAAUAAAAAAUUUAUGGACGAUUUUACCACAAAAUGGUCAAACACGGCGGAGGAUUUUCAGAAGUUCAACAAUGAUAGCGUAAAAUUGUACGCUAAGCCAUUUAAAAUAUGCGUUCUUUCGGAUUUUUUGGAAAAGGACUCGUUUACGAAGCAAAUAGUAUCAGAAAUGUCAGAAAUGGAGUGGCAAAGGAAACAGAUGGACCUCUAUGAAUUUCACCAAACGACUGAUUUAGUCAAUCUAUUACCAAAUGCAAAACCUGCGCUAAAAAGUUUUUACAACAUGCUUUUAAAUAAUAUGCUGCCAUGGAUGAAAAAAAUUACCGGACUUCCACUAACUAGAAUUUCAGCAUCCUGUUCUAUGUACAAUUAUGGCGACUACUUAUUAGUGCACGAUGAUUUGUUAUCGGAUAGACAAAUCGCUUUUGUUUUUUACUUGUCUCCAUGGUGUGAAGAAUGGAAGGAGGAAAUGGGAGGAGCUUUGGAGUUAUUUGAAACUGAUGCACUAACAGGCCAACCAAAAUAUCCAAUCGUACAAAAAUUCACACCACGUAACAACCAAUUCGUAUUUUUUCGAGUAUGCAAAGAAUCUUUUCAUCAAGUUGGUGAAGUGACAAAUUUUGUAUAUCCACGCCUAACAAUAAAUGGAUGGUUUCAUGGUCCAUCAAUUCAUUCAUCAAUUGAUAAUGAAAGUAGCCUUCGCUCUAACAUAUCAGACGCAUCUGAAGAGAACGAUAGUGAACUUGAACCCAAUAAUAUGGAAUAUCUACCACCAAACACCGAUGAACUUGAUUUAAAUGAGUGGAUAAAUUCUUAUUAUUUACGCAAACGAGCAAAACAUGGAAUUCAAAUGCAUAUUGAAGAGAAAUCUGAAGUGUCAUUGGAAAUGUUUCUCAUAUCUGAAUUCUUUGAGCUGCUUGUAUCUGAGUUUAAAGAUUGUACAGAUUGGGUACUCGAAGGUCCAGCAAAUCAACGUAAAUAUGAAAGCCUACAUCUUACGCCGCAAUCUAGUGGGCCACUUAAGGAUUUGCUCACAUUGUUUACAUCAAAUUCAAUGUUUAGAUUGCUACACGAAUAUACCGAACUUGAUUUGUAUGGUAUGCAUGCACAAUCGCCAACAUGUUCGGUGCAAUUGUGUCGAUUUACACAGGGCUGUUAUACGUUGCUUGGUGAUUCAUCCUCAUUUAACGAUAGCGCACUCGACGUAAUACUAUUUUUUGGUGCUCGUGAUGGAGUUGGGAAAAUUACAUACCUCAGUCCAUUACAAGAAGCGAAGGAUUUAAAAAAUGUGAGUGAAUACAAUACGACCGUUGAAACCGAUGCCACUAAUAGUAGUAUGGAUUUAAGUGGCGUUUCGAGCCCAUCCGGUAUAAAAGACAAUUCAAGUCGGCCUAAGACUAAAAUUAAAUCACGAUUUCAACCAAAAAAUUGCAAAAAUUCUAGUGAAUCAAGUAUUAACAGCUCCAUAGUAGUGGAAACGUCUGAGGAAGAAUCAAAUAUCGAUGAUUUAUCAUCUUUCAGUCAUGAUUCACAAAGUACAGUUAGAGUUCGAAGCAAUGACGUUGAAAGUAAUCAGGAUGAAGUGACAACAGAUGAAGAUGAAGAAGAAGAUUUCGACGGAUUAGCUCAGGAAGAUGCACUGUUAACCAUUCACCCAAAAGAUAACGCGCUCAAUCUUGUAUACAGGCUCAGUGGUCAAACCAAAUUCGUAAAAUACAUUUCCAAAAAUAGCCUGAAGUCCGAUGAAUAUGUCUACAUUUUGUUUGCAUCGUAUAAGGAAUAACAAAGUAUUUUAUAUUGAAUAAGCAAUUAAUAUUAUCAUGUUCAGGAACAAAACUGUAAAUCUUAACCAAAUAUCAAAAUUGUAGAUUACGUUGUUCCAUUGAAAAAUUAUUUGUACCAUGAAAAAGCAAUUCGAUAAAGUGCUACAAAGUUUAAAAUUGUUAGAAGCUAUGCCUUGCAUUUAUUUAAUAAAAAAAUUUGAACGAACAUGAA